AUGCGACAUCCUUUCUGCGUGACCUUUUUGAGUCUUGCCUCUGCUGGAUUUCUGGAGUGUGACUGGGAUGCAGACUGGAGCAGCUUCCGGGAGAAGCUGGGUCAGAACGCAGAUGCUGGCUACCCCGAAGAUGCCAUGCUGGCGGAACAAGCCCGAUCACUGUUAGAGCUCCACUGGGAGGCCUUGCAGCCCAAUGCGGAGGCACUCUAUGGCAUGUCCUAUGCGAUGCAAAGCUUUUUUGCCAGCUGCAACACUCGCCCUGGGGUGGUCGAAGAGUUGCGGGAGCCCUUCUGCCUCUACGGGGUGGUGUCGGCCCUGUGGGUGUCGGCGCGGCAUGGCCAUCCUGAGAAAAAGCAGUUGCUCCGCCACGCCCAAUUCCUCCUGGGAAACCUCUUUCGCAGCACUUUGGACUUCAUGGAGGGCUCGGGCUGGGCCUUAACUUCACUGGACAUCUUGGCCAACUUGGAGCAGAAGCAGUUCUCCCUGCCGCAGCACUUGCGCCGCCAGUAUCCGGUUCCGAGGCAGGUUCCUGGAGAUCCUCCCGGAGAACCUGUCCUCACGGUCUGGGAGAUGGGGGUUCACGCCACGCUGUCUGCGGAGCCGCUGCAGAUGUGGGCGCGAGUUUUAAGAGAUGUUCGCCUCCGGCACCGCAACCUGAUACGAGACCAGUAUCCCAAGUGGCUCCCAAAUCGCUGUGCCACGCUCUAUCAGCAUCCGCGUCUGGUGUGUGACGAGGUGCAGGAUGACCUCACGGAUUUCUUUAGAAAACGAGUUCCACACAGUGCCACUUCCAAGGAUCCCAUCGAAAACAUGGAGUCGUUCGAGUUGGACUUUCGUCGCAUUGCUUCUGGUCGCCUGCGGAAUGUGGGCCUCUUUCUCUGCACCGUGGCGUAUCUCUGCCUGCUUUUGGAGUCUUUGGACGUCCCAACAGUCGGGUACUUCGGGCAUCCUCUGCUCUUCAUGGUGCCCGAGGACGCGGCGACGCGCGAGGCCUUCUGGAGCCGCUUCUCCGCCAUGGCCAGGGCCCGGUCCGUGGAGUUCGCGGUGAGUGAUCCCUUCCUGCAGAUGCAGUACGAGUAUCAGAUCGGUGCGCCGCGCCUGCCUGCCAUCCGCACCCAUGCCCUCUACACUGGUGCGACGCACUUUCCGAGCCGUCCGGAUGAGGUGUUGGUUUUAGAUCGGCCCCACGAGUCCGUGCUCAUGUGCCUCCUUCGGCACAGCAUGGCCGAGUUGACGGGAGCAACGCCAGCAUCGAGCCCUGACGACUGGCCAACGGCAGAGGGACGCCUGCGAGCAGCCAUCAGCCAUGACUUUCCGUUCCGCUUUGUGACAAGAGCCCUGACCGAUAAGCAAUUCAGCACGUUUGCACAGUUUCGGGCAGUGGUGCUGUGGCCAUAUGAUAUGGACUUGAUCACAUUCUACGAGUUCUACAGCAUGAACAUGCCGAUCUUCAUGCCCUCCUCUCUGCAAAAGUAUGUCUUCCAGCAAGACCAUGGCGCCUACGACUAUCGCUGGGAUCGCAGGAAGCUCAAGCCUGGGCAGAUGCAGUUGUGGCCAGACACUGGCGUGACGCCUUUUCAGGAGAGAUCGCUGGAAGCAGUGCAUCAAAUUCUGCCCUUUACCGACUACUUCCGCUUCCCUCAUGUGCUGUACUUCGAGUCCAUACCAGACCUGUUGAAAAGGCUGCCAGAGACAGACUUUUUUGGCGUCACGCAAGCCAUGGCAGCAUUCAAUCAGGAUGCACUGAUGCAGACGUCCGCUACUUGGCGGACAUUGCUGGGGCGCCUCAACGUUCCCGCAUCGCUGCAAAGAGAAGCCUUGUGA